AUGGUUAAGAUGCCCAGCAAGCUGUGGUCGUGCAACAGCCUGGCUGCCGGGCAAGAUUUUGCACAUGAUCAGCUUCAGCGCACUAUCUCGGACGAUUCUGUCAGCUUGGAUGCGAAAAUCCAAGAGAGCAGCGGCACGUCUCCUGCCACCAAGACCAAGACGCUUGGCAAAGCGGGCCAAAUCGAAAGCGAAGCCAGCAGCAACCUCGAACGCCGUGCAGAAGCAGCCAUCGGACGCAUGUGUGCACCGAAGCGUCGUUCCGGGGCUGUUACGGCCUCCCCGACAGUAAGGGCGGAGUUUGCGGCUGGUGGUGACCGACGUACUGCCAUCAUUCGGCAGUUCCUAGCUGCCGCUGGGAACAAGGACACCUUCGUUCGCAACGUGGAGCACAUGCUGAGAAGGAGCCGCAAGCACAAGGUCAAGAGGGUUUUCGGUUGGUUCUCGAAAGAACAGAUGAAGAACGACCUGAAGUUCACCCCGCGAGACAAGUACCAGGAGACCGUGAAGCUCUACUGGGUCGAGCGCGACAUGUUGGCCGAGAUCGAAGACGAGACUGAGGAAAGGUUCCAGGAUCGCCGAAGCGGCGACGGCAAGGAUGGCGACCCUCCCGCGCCGAUGACGGGUCGUAGCAAUGCACUCAUGGGUGAUGAUGGUGAGCUCUACGAUGAGACGGACGAUGAUGUCGCGGGCGGCCACGGCGCCAAUGAUGACCCCUCCAGCCCCGAUGCAGUGGAGAAUGUCGAUGAUGUGCUGGACCAGGUCCUCAAGAUUCGGUCCAAGCUCGAGAACCAGAUGGGGAAAUUGGCGGUUAUCAAGGAAGCCGAGGGUGAGAAGGCUCUCAAGAACAUGCGAACCCGGGCCGACAAGAUCAUGAGAUUGCACGACGAUGUUGCUGAGAUCAAGGCGAAUUUCGACGCCCAUAAGAAGCUGUCGGAUGCGUGCUCGUUGGCAGUCAUGGAGGAGAAGAAGCUUCGAAAGACAGUUUUCAAGCCCGUCAAGCGGGGCUCUGAGACAGGCCUCGACGGCAAGCGGCGAUGUGUGGAACCACCGGGUCCUGCAGCAAGAGCCGUGGCGGCUGCAGUCGGGGUAAGCGAAAAGCAGGCAUGUGCCCUGUCUGAAGCAUUCUGGGACGAGCUCGAGGCAGCCGAGGCCACGAUCGCAUCCGGGGAGUUUUUCACAAAGUUGGCUCGGCUGAGUCGCACGGGUCAUUCAGCUCGUAUGGGAGCUGUGUUAGAAAACCAUGGGCUGCAGGCUUGUAUUCCAACUACGUAUGUGGACAUUGGCCUCAAAAAAAAACAUCCUGUUCUCAGAGUGCAAGACAUGCUGGCAGAGCUUUCUGCCGUUGGCAAAGUUGGAGAGAUCUUCCUACAGGGCCAUUCUUUUUCGGACAUGGAUGACUUCUGGAGCUUGUUCAGAAACCAUCACCCCCAUCACCCAGUGUUUAAAGACCAUUCUCGUCGACUACAACAUUGUAUCCCCAUGUACUUGCAUUGCGACGAGGGGACUGGCCCUAAGAAGCGGGGCGUGCUGGUAAUGCAGUAUCAGCCUGUGCUGGGGCAAGGCUCUCGGCGGGCUGAAGACCUCAACACUGCUGGGAGCACAUACCGAACGAGGAUUCUUUAUUCGGUGCUGUCUGUUCACCUAUACAAUAAAAAGAAGACCUUCCUGUUCCAACUGCUACAGCAUUGGGUGAACGACUUGCUUGACGCUUAUAACAGUGGCAUCAAGAUUGCGAUGGAGAAUGGGCCGGUACGUAUCUAUCCAAUCGUCCUUGGUCUGAAAGGGGACUGGGCUGGGCUUGCGAAAUUCGGACGGCUUUCGCGCAACUUUCAACGCGAUGCGCCAUCGAGCUCGAACCCUCCGGGGGUGUGCCACUUGUGCCAAGCAGGGCGUCUGGGAUUCCCAUGGCACCAUUUCGAAGCAGAUGCUGCGUGGCUUACCGAUCCUCAUGCCAAGGAUGAUGUACCUUGGAAUCAUCCGAGCCCGAUCAGUCAGCUGCCAUCUGAUGUUGCUGGAGACUUCUACCUGAUCGACGUCUUCCAUACACUUCACAAAGGUGUGAUGGGUGACUUCGCAGCGAGUGCUCUGGUGGUCAUGAUGGAUCUGGAUCUGGUGCCCGGCGGCUCGUUUCAAGCACGGAGCUGGUUCAAAGGGGCUGACACCAGAUGCCUUCUUUCCUUUGUGGAGUGGCGAUUCGAAAGAGCCUUGGCUGACUGUUCCAAUGAUGAUGAAGAGUACAUCAAGCUUAUUUGGCAAGCAGCUGUGCACGCGAACGCUUUUAUGCGAAAGUUGUACAAUUCUGGACUUUGGAUGAAGCCGAAACGGGCAACUGCCGCAUCUGAUCUGGGCUUGUCUUUUCUUCGCUGCUUUAGCCGACUGGCUUCGCUAUCCUACAUGCGGCGCAAGCCGCGCUUUCAGAUCGUGACGAAGUGCCACAUGUUUGCGCACAUCAAUCAUUCUCUCAGGUUGGAAGCUGCCACCGGCCAUCCGACAAUGAACCCAAUAGCAUUUUCAUGCCAAGCAGACGAAGACUUUGUUGGAAAGGUUUGUGCCAUGACAAGGGUUUGUCACGGGCGAACGCUGCACAUCAAGACACUCCAGAAGUACAAGCUGAAUCUUGCUCUGAGGUGGUGA